AUGGAGGUGAAUAACGAAGAAGCGGUAACAACCCCAUUAAGUGAAGGGGAGCUGAAAAAAGUGUACUACGAAAAUUUUAUAGACGAUUUGACGGAUGAAGAACUCAUGUAUAAAAAAACAGUGGAAGAUUUAUUUUACAUCUACAAAUCAUUUGGGUUCAUUUAUUCCAUCAUUAAGAAGGCAAACCUGUUGUUAAGUCAGGAGAGCUUUGACAUGUUUUUAAAAUCCCUCGUAAGUUUUAUUGAUGAGCUGUUUCUGAACAAUCCUAAUUUGUUUGACACGGAAGGAAGUGAUGCAAGUCAAAUUUAUUCCAACAAUGAGGUCGGUGCAGGAGGUACGAAAAAGAGGAAAGGAGAAUUUGAACAAAUAUAUGUAAAUAAAAACAAUGAUAAUAAUUCUUUUAUGAGCAUCCUAUCGAAGACAUAUAUAGAGGAAUUACUAAAGGAUAUUAACAAUAUAGACCCCGAUUUCAACGAAAGGAAUGCACAAGACUAUUUGUUCAUCACGAAGCAUAUUCUAAAAAUGAAAAAUACGCUCGAAGUGGAACAUGUGAAAAAUCGAAUUGAUAAACUGAAAAACAUUUUAAAUGUAGGGAAGACGAUUUUCCAAAUAGAUGAAGUGUUGGAUGAUGAUUUGGUGGAUACUGAUGAGAGUAAGAAAAUAAAGGCACAUGAUCAUAUCGACCUGAUGAUAGAAAAACUGAAAAACAUUGGACCAUCUAUUGUGGCGAUAUUUUACAAACAAAGUCUCUGGUAUAAGCAGAUUAUUAACAAAUCAGAGUAUGAUAGCUUAAAUUCGAUUCUGAACUUAGAUGUAGAUGCAGACCACAAGAUGGUAGAAUCGACGUAUGAAGAUGUGAUUCUGCUUCUGGGAGAAAAAAUGACACAAAAUAAAGACCUCCUAACUGCCAAGGAGAAGCUCGAAAGACUCAAAAUCAAUUACGAUGCGGAAAUCCAAAGGAAGCUUCAACAAGAAAUGGAGCUCUCCAAAAAAUUAGAAGACAAAAGGAAAGCUGUGCAGUUCAUAAUUGAUAGAUAUAAUGAGUACACCUGGUUUGACAAAAAUUCACCUAAGAAGCACUCCUUCUAUAUAAUAGGAAUUAACCCCAGGACCACUACGGAGGAACAACUAAAGAGCUGCGGCAAAAGAUUGAAACAUAUUUUGCACCCCGAUAAGGAACCCGACAAGGAAUGGAAAAAAAAAAGCCGAGAGUUCAAAACGAAGAUCCUCAAGAAUUUGGAGCCCGGCCCAGCUGCUCCGUACUUGGGGCUCAUCGGGAUUGAGGGGGGGAGUGACACUAACGCAGUUGGUGGUGUUAGUGGUGUUGGUGGUACUAGUGCCAUUGGCGGUGUUAGUGGCGUUGGCGCUACCAGCCCAGUUGGUGAGGCUACCGACCAAGGAACAGCACGCCUCCCGCAGUAUUACCCCACGCAGGCCUACUAUCCCAAAUUCGACCUCAAAUGCGUGGAUCAAAAAAUUGGUACCAUCCUUAUAGACAUAAAAUGCCCUGUGCAGUUGGGGGUGGUGAAGAAGGUGAUCCUUUACGUGCACAGACCCAUCUACGGAGCGGAACCACUCAAUCUCAUCCCAGAGGAUUCGUUCCUUUCGCACAAAAUGGAACAAAACGUAAACGUAAAAAAUUUGAACCAGUCUAUUGAAGCCCGAGUUGACUUUGUGCAACCGUUAGAAAUCGCUGCGUCUACAAAGUACUACAUCGGUAUUCAGCUAAUAGCAGAGAGGGGAAAUACCAUGAUCAAUUGGAACUCCAUCAAUAUAACGCUGCACAAAUUUAGCAACAAAAAUAUUAUUAAGAAAUUGUUAUCGUCGUUUAAAAAUGCUUCCUUCAUUAAUCAGGGCCAACUGAAUGUGGUCCUGUCGAAUGAGAACAAAGACGAGAUGACCAAGUAUUUGAAUGAGUGCAUUGCCGCAGCGAAGAUAUGGGCGCAGACGGUGUAG